AAAAAACAAAAAAUAUUAAUAUAAUUUUUAAAAAAAUAAUAUGAGUUUAUAAUAAGAUUACGAUUAUUUAUUUAAAUUAUUGCUAAUAGGAAACUCUUCUGUCGGUAAAUCCUCAUUGCUUUUACGUUUUUCAGAUAAUAUAUUUAACGAAUGCUUUUUACCAACAAUUGGUGUUGAUUUUAAAAUAAGAACAUUUGAUAUUCAAGGAAAAGCUGUGAAAUUAUAAAUAUGGGAUACUGCAGGUUAAGAGCGUUUUAAAACAAUUACUUCUUCAUAUUAUAAGGGUGCUCAUGGAAUAAUAUUAGUUUAUGAUAUUACUGAUAGAUAAACAUUUAAAGAUAUAGAUAAUUGGCUUGCUGAAGCAGAUAAAAAUGCAAAUGAAAAUGUAGUGAAAUUACUUGUUGGUAAUAAAAUAGAUUUAGAAAAUAAAAGAUAAGUCAGUUUUGAUGAAGGAAAGGAAUUAGCUGAUUCUUUAGGAAUAAAAUUUAUUGAAACUUCAGCACUUACAGCAAAUAAUGUUGAAAAUGCAUUUGUCACUUUAGCUACUGAAAUCAAAAGUAGAGUUUAGAAAACUACAGAUAACAAAAAUAAUAAUGCAGCCGGAUAAGGAAAAACCAAAAUUAAAGCAGGUGAAGAUAUUAAUAAGAAAAAAUCACAAGGAGGAUGUUGUUGAAAGUUUUUUUAUUUUUUUUAAAUAUAGAGAAGUUUUAUAAAUAUUAUAUAUUCAUAGUAUUUAAAUUGUUUUUUCUUAUUUUUUUUUAAUACUAAUAAUACAAAAUGAAUAAUAAAAAAAAAUAGUUCUUAUUUUUAAUAGAGAUUUUUU